AUGUUUGAUGAGGAGUCUGACACUCUGAAGAAGACACUUCUCGAAUACCUUGGGCUGGUUAUUCUUGACGAAGGACACACUUCUCGCACGACCGAAGCACCAUUCUUCAGCAGAGUCUUCCUGGUUUGGGAGAUUGUUGUGAUCCUUCUGAGACCCCCAACGUUGCAGAAGAUUCUAAUUGACAGGAUAGAAGGCUCACUGAGCACUUCUGAAUUUGAACACAAGGUAGUAUUGACCUCUGUGUACCCGUACCUUUUCAUACGCUCCCAUUCAACAAAAACAGAACAGUUUGAAAUUGACCAGGAUGCUUUGGAAGCCUCUGGCCUUCACCCUAAUAAAGGUGUCAAAACAAGAUUUGUCAUGGAGCUUGUCCGCCUCGGUACUGCCAAGAAUGAAAAUUAG